AUGCAUGGCUACUCCAACCUCGGCUCCUCGUCGCCUCCGGUGGCGGUGGUGGCGGCGACCAAUGGCCCCCGAGCCAGGCGAUCGCUGGAGCUGACCAACACAAAGGAGACCAAUGCGUGGGAAGGGCUGGCCCUGGGCGCGGUGACCCUGGCGAGGACCUUCUCCACCGGGUCCCAGAGGCUCUGCAGGUCCGGCGAGAAGGCCAGGGGCCUGCCGGGCGCGAUGAGGAGGGCCUUCUCCAUGAGGAGGCACCCGGCGGCUCCCGGCAAGGGGGACGGAUACUACUGGAGGAUCCACGACAUGGACGGGGACAGCGACCACGGCGACGUCGUCGGCAAUGCCGUGGCCGAGGAGCGCGACGAGGAGGAAGAGAAGGGGGAGAAGAAGAAGGUGCAGCGUGAAGAAGGUGGUGUGAAGGAGGAGGCUAAGGGGAGGACGCCGAAGACGAAGAAGAAAGGUAACAACGUUCUCAGGGCGUGCAAGAAACUUCUCCGGUUGUGA